GUUGAAUACGCCUGUUUGGAACAGUCCAAAGCACAGGUCGCUGCGCGUGCGUGGAAGUGAAACAGUCAUCUGAAUAUAUACAUUAAUAGUUGCUAUCAAUCGCCCCCCAUGCGAUUCAGACCGGCCAACCAUGUUUGGCUCUUCCGGUUAAGUAGCUUUAACGUUACCGGAGAACUGCGUUUGUCAGCGAGUCCCUCCUGCCGUUUCAGACCGACAUUUCACACCGGUCUUCCUUUACUUUUUGCCCGGAAACUCACGAUGCAGUCGAGUCGAAAUGUGACCAGCAGCAGUUCUGGUGAGGAUGGCCUGGGCAGAGCAGAUAAACCGGGGUCGGGGCUUUUCAGUAACAUUCCUGUUGUCACAACAGAAGACACGGGUCCUCCGGUGGAGAAGAAACGAGUGGAAAGCACGCUUAUCGUUAACGAGAGAAAGUUGAGGACCCCGAGUCCUCUGUUUGGGGCCAACUGUGAUGACGACUCUGAGGCAGAGUCCUUCCGGGAUGGGAGAACCGAGGAGGUCGACCGGGACACCAGGGGCAGGGCGUUUGCUUGGUGCCGAGAUUUUCUCUCAGGGUCGUGGAAGACCAUCAAAGAGGAUGAUUUUCAAAUCAGCAUCGUCAGUGGUGGACUGAGUAAUCUGCUAUACCUGUGUAGUUUGCCUGACCAUGUGCAUUCUGUGGGAGAGGAACCUCGCCAGGUGCUCCUCAGAGUCUAUGGUGCCAUCUUACAGGGAGUGGACUCCCUGGUGUUGGAGAGUGUGAUGUUUGCCAUCCUGGCAGAACGAACUCUUGGGCCAAAACUUUACGGCAUAUUCCCUGAGGGACGCUUAGAACAGUACCUUCCGAAUACCCGCAUGCACACAGAUCAACUCUCAGAUCCGGCCGUCUCAGCUGAGAUUGCCACCAAGUUGGCACGUUUUCAUGAAAUGCUUAUGCCCUUUAACAAAGAGCCUAAGUGGCUGUUUGGGACCAUUGACAAUUUGUUUUUUUUCCUUUUUAGAUACAUGGGUCAAGUGAUGAAGCUUAAUUUUGUACGUGAAGCACAUGUGAAGAAGUACAAGAAGCUGAUGAAGUUGGACCUGCCUGCUGAGCUGGAGAGCCUCCGUGCAUUGCUGGCAGCGACUCCAUCGCCAGUUGUGUUCUGCCACAAUGACGUCCAGGAAGGUAAUAUUCUGAUGCUGGAAGACAGGGACCACAACUCAACAGAUAGACUCAUGCUGAUAGACUUUGAGUACAGCAGUUACAAUUACAGGGGUUUUGACUUUGGGAACCAUUUCUGUGAGUGGAUGUAUGACUACACCUAUAACCAGUGGCCCUUCUACAAAGCCACUCCAGAGAACUAUCCCACCAGAGAACAGCAGCUUCAUUUUAUCAGAGGUUAUUUGGCAGAACAGAGAAGAUACUCAGACAUUACCAUGGACCAGACACAGAUUGAAGAGGACAUGAUAAUUGAAGCUAACAGGUAUGCAUUAGCAUCACACUUCCUCUGGGGGCUGUGGUCCAUCAUUCAAGCAAAGCUAUCCAAGAUUGAGUUUGGAUACAUGGACUAUGCCCAGUGUCGUUUUGAUGCCUAUUACAAGCAAAAAAAGCUCUUCUCCUGAUUUCCACCAUGUUAAUCAGAAUACAACGUCUCAGCUAUCUGUCCUUCAUCAUUCUUCAAGCUCAUGUUUCUCUGUUGAGUUUCUUUUUUCAGCUAUGUGUUUAUUGAAACUGCAGUCCUAUGCAGCACUGCUUAUGGAAUGUAGACAUUUACAUUUGAACACAGUGCAGGCAUCAUUUAUUGAAGCACCUAUCCCCAUAGUGUGAAAUUUUGUUAGAGCAGGUAUAGCUCUGUAGCACUGAAUGUUGUUGUAUAUCAUUUAAGGGACUCAGUCAGUGUGAUGUUCAGCUAUUGUAAUGGCCAAUGUGGUUUGCCAGAGAAUUAAUGUAUUUUAAUUUCAGACAGUAAAUUUUAAUGUAAUAGUAAUUUCAAAAGCAUUGAAGGCUUUUGUAUAUCUGUUUUUAGUCAUUCUACCUCAUUUCUUUCUUCUCAUGUUCAUUCUGCAUUGGGGUUCUUUUUUAAAGGUCCAGUAAAGUUAAGUUAAAAACUUACAUACAUUCAGCAAAUUAUUACACAAGGGCUAUUUUAUACACGUCAACAAUACUGUUAAUUAUUGUUAAACCAUUUGAACAGUUACAAAGUGUAAGGCAUUUAAGUCAGUAAUAUUGGAUCUCUUAACUGUACAUUUCUGCUGCACUUUUAACUGCCAGCCCGUAUUUAAGUUAGCUUGUAUUACCAUCUGUCAUCUACACCGUCUUAUUUGUCAUCUAUGUAUCAUUCUAUGCUGACAAUAUUAUUCAGAGCUUUUUCUGUUCUUAGGUUUUGUUUUGUUUUUUGCCACAAAUCAUAACUUGGAAUAUCUAACCUGUAAUAUUCUUACCUAUGUAACUUAAAUGUCUGUCUGGCACAUGUAUGCUCUAAAUUAGAUCCAACAAUAAUUGAAAUCUGUGUUAGAUCAUGACUUUCCCUUUAGCUUAUUUGAAUGUGAAGUAGGGUUUUAACAUUUCCUUUUUCCUUUUAUGAUUCUCCUGUUUUUUUAGACUGUCUCCUGUAUUUGACUUAAUGUACUGACGUCAAUUAUGGUCUUGAUAUCCUUGUUUUACACAUAUGGCAUCAGUUUAUUCAUGAGAAAAAGCUAGAAGCUUAACUGUGCCUCAUUAACUACCUGUAGCUGUUGUUUUUAAAGCAUCAUUGUCCCAGCACAGUAAAUUAUGUGAAGACUUCUCUGUAUUAUGUUGGUCUUCUUUGCACUACUAAAAAUAUCAUUCAAAAGCUAAUAAACAUAUGUGCUUAGAA